AUGAUGAUUCACGCGAUUUUUGUACGCAGUAUUCUCGGUUUUGACCAUAGCGCUAAUACUAAGUCUAUUGAAGAAUUAGACUUGCAAUACGAAGAUGAAAGAAAUUCAAUGAUAGCAAUUACAGAAUCAGAUAUCAACGUUUACGAAGAUUUUUAUGAAGAAAUGGAUAAUCGUAUGAAAAUUGAAAAUUCUAUGGAUAUGAUUUUCUUUGGACCUCCUAGUGCAUUCUUAAGAUUAGACUCGGAAACAAUUUUGCACAUCUUAUCCCACACGAAAAAACAUCUUAUUCCCAUAUCCAGGGCACUAUUAGCUUGGGAUAUAGUUACGGAUGGAAAAACUGCAGCUUAUUUACAAGGCCGUGAAUUUUUGGCUUUCGGUAAAUUGUUAAAUGUUGUGCCAGAGGAGGAUCUGUACUAUGCGAAUUUUGGUGAUCCGUCUGUUUUUAAGUAUUUUUCAAAACAUUAUGUCGACAUAAGCAAUCGUAAGUUUGGCGUCCUCGUAGCUGCGUACAGAAGAUAUUACGGAAAUUCAUGGUAUAAAAAUGCAUCUCAUAUUAACGAACUGGGAUAUUUGCUGUGUGGUUUUCCAGUAUUCGACCUAGCGAAGAUAUCUCCUACAACAUUCAAAGAGUUGACAGUUGAUGUACUGGGUAAAUUGCGAAGGUGUAGUGUUGAUCAAACUAAAACUUUGUAUGGUAUUGCUACACAUGCAGAUGCAUACGGCGAACCGUAUAAAUGGUCGUCACAUGAACUAGGAAGAUUGAGCACACUUUUUAUUUGCAUACCAAAGCAGCAAAUUAGUUCUAUAACACUUGAAGCAAUAACAGCCAUUACUCCUGUUGUUAUAAAACAAAUGAAUCAGAAGAAAUUGGAGUUUUUCACAAAGCAACAGAUUUACAGAAUGAAUCCAAAAACUCGACGUAUUUAUAUUCUACGGAUGCAGCUAAGAAAUAGUCUCGAUACUAGCAAAAUAGUGAAAAAACAAGGAAUUAUAAUUAGUAUUUCUGAUGUAGUAUUAAAACUUAAUAUAAUGGUCACUCUUGUUUGUCAGAUAUAG